CCCUUUGCCCGGAGACAUGGAUCUAUGGUUUCAUUCGAUCCGGAUUUGCUGGUGGAGGGUUUUGUUACUGAUGAGUGUUUUCCAGGACUAUCUGAGCUCCAUGCUGGACUGCCCGCCGACCUGCAGCUGCUCUCAAACAGAGAUCUAUUGCAAUAAGUCCGACAACGGCAGGUUUUUCCCUUUACUCGCCCUGCAAGAUACUGGGAGCAAUGGGACCAGUGUUGACAUAGCAGAGUUAUUCAAAAACAUCACCUCUAUACACAUAGAGAACUGGACAGGCCUGCAGACUCUGAGAGACGUGGAUAUGGAGCUCUACACUGGACUACAGAGACUAACAAUCAUGAAUUGCAACCUGAGGGUGAUCCAGGCUCGAGCUUUCGCUCAGAACCAACACCUACGCUACAUAAACUUGUCAAAGAAUCCUCUCACCACUCUGUCAUGGCAGCUCUUCCAGCACCUCCAACUCUCAGAGCUGCGUCUGGACAGUGUGGUGUUUGACUGUGGCUGUGAUAUCCGCUGGAUCCAGCUGUGGCAGCAGAGAGGAGAGGCCGGUCUCCACACGCAGCAGUUGUACUGCAGGAACGGAGCCUCCAAGAUACGACUGCACAACAUGUACAUCCACAACUGCGACUUGCCAGAGAUCAGCGUGAGCCACAGCAGUGUGUUGGUGAUGGAGGGCGACAAUGUGACAGUGAGCUGCAAUGGAUCUGGAUCACCACUGCCUGAAGUGGACUGGACUGUUAGCGGCCUGCACUCCAUCAACACACACCUGUCCAAUGUUUACUGGCCGAACAUCCACUCCAUCAACCUGACUCUUUUCAACAUCAGCCGAGAUGACAACAACUUCCAGCUGACCUGCAUUGCAGAGAAUGUGGUGGGGAUGACCAACUCCUCCAUCCAGCUCAAUGUGCAGUUUCCUCCAGUCAUCCUGAGACUGGCUGAACCUGAGCAGCGCCACGACACCUGCAUCGAGUUCACGGUUCGGGGUUACCCACACCCCAAACUGCGCUGGUUCCACAAGCAAAUGGAGAUCCCCCAGAAUGAGUACAUCCGAACAGAGAUGGACUUCUACCAGGACUAUCUGGAGGGCUGUCUGACUUUCCAAAACCCAACACACAUCAACAAUGGCAACUACACUCUGGAGGCCAGCAACCCUCUGGGAACGGUUACCAAGACGGUGUAUGGUCACUUCCUUAUGGCUCCGGGCAUCGAUGAGGGUGAUUAUAUACCUUCAACGCCGUCAGAUGGCGAUUCAAGCCGACCAGAUGAAGAUAAGUUUGGGGUUUCCAUCGCUGUGGGUUUGGCGGGCUUCGCUUGCGUCCUCCUCCUCGUCCUUUUUGUUCUCAUCAACAAAUACGGCCGGCGCUCCAAAUUCGGUAUGAAAGGUCCAGUAGCUGUGAUCAGUGGAGAGGAAGACUCUGCCAGCCCUCUUCAUCAUGUCAACCAUGGGAUUAUUACCCCCUGUACUCUGGACGCGGGCCCUGAUGCAGUUGUCAUAGGGAUGACUCGCAUUCCUGUGGUGGAGAAUCCCCAGUACUUCAGACAUGGACACAACUGCAACAAGCCAACCACCCUUGUCCAGCAUAUAAAGCGGAGAGACAUCAUCCUGAAAAGGGAGUUGGGUGAAGGAGCGUUUGGUAAAGUCUUCCUGGCAGAGUGUUACAACCUUAGCCCCACCAAGGACAAGAUGCUGGUGGCUGUCAAGACACUGAAAGAUCCUAACCUGUCAGCCAGAAAGGACUUCCAGAGGGAGGCUGAGCUGCUGACCAACCUGCAGCACGACCACAUCGUUAAAUUCUACGGAGUGUGUGUAGACGGAGACCCUCUCAUCAUGGUGUUCGAAUACAUGAAGCAUGGAGACCUCAACAAAUUCCUCAGAGCCCACGGCCCAGACGCCAUGAUCCUGGUAGACGGCCAGCCGCUGCAGUCCAACGGAGAGCUGGGCCUUUCCCAGAUGCUGCACAUCGCCACCCAGAUUGCCUCGGGCAUGGUCUACCUGGCCUCCCAGCACUUUGUCCACAGAGAUCUGGCAACCCGCAAUUGCUUGGUGGGCAACGGCCUUCUGGUCAAGAUUGGAGACUUCGGCAUGUCCAGGGACAUCUACAGCAGUGACUACUACAGGGUUGGAGGACAUACCAUGCUACCUAUUCGCUGGAUGCCCCCAGAGAGCAUUAUGUACAGGAAGUUCUCCACGGAAAGUGAUGUCUGGAGCUUUGGAGUCAUCUUGUGGGAGAUCUUUACCUAUGGGAAGCAGCCCUGGUUUCAGCUGGGUAACAAUGAGGUUAUUGAGUGUAUAACUCAGGGCCGGGUUCUGGAGAGGCCUCGGAUUUGUCCUAAGGAAGUGUACGACAUCAUGCUUGGCUGCUGGCAGAGGGAACCGCAGCAGCGACUGAACAUUAAGGACAUUCAGAAGGUCCUGUUCGCCAUGGGAAAAGCUACGCCAGUCUACCUGGACAUCCUGGGCUAGCAGUGGUCUGGGAUGGCCCAUUCCUCGCCAGACAGACAGAUCGACAGAGACAUACAGACAGACAGACCUACACGAAUCCAGGAAUAACCAAACCAACCUGCUCCACUGUCGAAAAACACCUACAAAGUUUGGGAAGGACUUAAGUGCCUGCAACACUUUUGGAUAUAGUGGAUAAAACAUAUUCAAAAAACACGCACUUUUACAUUUUGUUUACUUGCGUAUAAGAUGUACAGGUUUGAAAAAGACUUUUUUUUUCCUCUAAAACUGCAAAAAUACACAAAAAUGGAGACAAAAAUGGAAGUAAUGUGGACUGGCAAUAGGAAAAGGGCCACAGUUUGAUUAUAUUAAUGGAGAGAACACAUCAGAGUUAAAAUCUACCCUGGGUUUGGUUUUAUGAAUAUAUAUAUAGAAAUAUUACAUAUAUUUUAUAUUUAUUUCUUUUUGUCAAGGUGUUGAAAGGUCUGCCAUGUGUGUUGCUAAGGGCUCGGCCCUGUCCGGAGAUAUCACCGACAAACUAUUGGCAGGGACUUGAUGAUGGAAGCCUUACUUGCAGUCUGAUUGGAUGGCACUGAGCUCUAAUGGGAACUUCUAUGGAACAACACUGGAUGGUUGAAACAAAGGAGUGCUCUGUAGAGGACCUACCCAAUCAGACAACUGACAAAUCUAUUUUAAUUUAAAAAUAAUGUACAUAUUGUAAAAUUCUAUGUGUCAAAAUUAUGUUAACUUAUUUUUUCUGAUGUUAUUUUGGUUCCUUUUCUGACUGUGAUCUGGGUAUAAAGCUAUGGUAUUUGUUUUCAUCCUUAUCUAGAGGAGAUUACUCUUGGGAAUUACCUGUGUAAGUACUGGUAAGUUGUCUAUGUGGUGAAGGUGAAUGGCAGUGAAUACUGUUAGAAACACCUGCUGACACUGAAUCACAAAGACUUUGGAGAACGGUUUGAAUCCAUGGUUCAACACAACACUUUCCAAAAAGGUGAUGAAACCUCAUAUCCACUUUCCAGUUCAUUUGCUUUUCAUGGUAAGAAUAAUGCAUACAUAAAUAAUAUCUUACACCACACCCCUCAAACACAUACACACACGCUUUGAGAAACUGUUCUGUCAUGUUCAGGCUUUUUGGUGUGAAACUGCUUUUCCACUCUAAUGAAAACAUCUUUUGUAACUGAGAGUAAAAACCAUAAUUUUUAGUCGCAGGUGUUUGCCUCGCAUUCAAUUUAAGAAAAUCUAUAACUUUAAGGAACACUUUGACAUUUGGGGAAAUACACUUUGCUUUCUAGCUGAGAGUUAGUUGAGAAGCCUGAUACAGCUCACAUUUCUGUACAGUAAAUAUGAAGCUACAGCUAGGAGACCGUUAGCUUAGGUUACCUUAAAUACUGGAAACAGAGGAAAACAGCUAGCCUGGCUCUUUCAAAGGUAACAAAAUCAACAUACCAGCACCUCUAAAGCUCUAAACUUAUUAGCUGCCUUUAACAGACACAUUCCCCAUAAACCCUAGACCAUUGCAGGUUAAACAUACAGUACAUACAAGUAAGUUGCAUUGACGUACAUAAGUACCGACAUUGUGGCACUAGUACAUUUUCAUGAGAGUUGUUUUUCGUAUGCUCAGAAAGUAAUCACAGUGGCUUCAACAUCUAAUAGCAAGAGUUCAAGUGGAUGCCAAUUUGUCCAGGAAUAUGAAAAGUAUACCCCAGGGACAUGCUUAAGAUUGAUGAACAAAAUGUUCAAUGAGAGAUUGCAAUGAAUUACAGAAGCUAGUGGAGGCCAGCUCAAACGUGACAUCAGGCUUUCAGCUCUUUAUAUCCCAUUUCUUUAAUCAAAAUUUGAAGUGUAAAACAUUACCUCCUAAGUUUUGUCAUCCCCAUGAGGCUGCCAGCUGACAACAUGUCACAAAUAAUAUAACAUAAGACAAUAUCAUAACAAGUUACAUUUUUACGAGGGUUACAGUAUAACAUGUUAAUUAGUAAUUUUCACAGGUGCUGGUAGGUAAAUUUUGUUAGCU